GGCUGGUGUGUCUCUUUAUCUGUGUUUCCACAUCAGACAGCAAAAGCUACAGACGCUGAGAAGGAAGAAGAGAAGGUUAUCAUCAUCUUCAGCAUCAUCUCCAUCAUGAAGAUUUUGACUGUUUCUGCACUUGUUUGUGCCAUGAUGGCUCUGACUCGAGCUGCUGCUCUUCCAGAGGCAAACCCCGAAAAUGCCAAACAAGUAAAGAGUCACCUGGUCAAGAGGUGGCAAGUUUGUUCUAUUCGCUGGUCUGAGAUAAAUGGUCGCUGUUUCCUCUUCGUUCCAAGAGCCAUGACUUGGUCUCAAGCUGAGAGAAACUGUCAGUCCUUAGGUGCAAACCUCGCAUCCGUACGUGGAGCUGAGGAGUAUCAUCAGAUUCAAAGGCUGAUAUCCGAUAGUACUCAUGGGAAUACGCUGGCAUGGCUUGGAGCAACUGACGCUGCACAGGAGGGUGUCUGGUUCUGGAGUGACGGUACGCCUUUCGCCUUUUCAUACUGGUGCAGGGGAGAGCCAAAUAACGCUGGAUAUCAGCACUGUUUACAAAUGAAUUAUGGAGGUGACAAAUGCUGGGAUGAUUUAAGGUGUAACUACCACCUUCCAUCUGUCUGUGUUAAGAAAUCCUUCCAAUUCCGGGGGGCAUGAAGCACCUGGAAAAAUCACAAACACGGGCAGAUGUUCUUUAAACUCAUCUCUCUUCACGCCAUCAGUCUCAUAUGUACCCUGAAGGCUCUAUAUCUCAUUUCAUGUCUUUAUUUUAAUUUCUAUCGCUGUAACGCUACUUAAGGAACGAAGCGACAAGUGAAUUAAGAAGAUCUGGACUGUCUCUGAGGCUUUGUGCCUUUCAUAGGAGCAGACUGAAUGUGUUAUGAAAAGAAUGCUUUUAGCACAAACUUAUUCUGCAGAGUGAACUGUUCUUUCUUGUCUUUACACAAAUUAAAAUUGCUCAAGCAUUGAAA